CAAACCUGAUUUUCUCUCUAUAUAAACACGUCAGGGUUUUAUUUUAAUUCCCAUUGCUAUCGCCGUACCUUCAACAAUGAGCACAGACACAGAGCAACAACCACCCAAACACUCUCUACCAAAUUUCUUAUCUUUGAUCCCUAAAUUUGAUUUUCAGUUUCCUUUUUUCCCGCACCUGUUGCAACCACCACCUUCAUCUCCACCUCCACAAUCCAACUCUCAGGAUGAAGCUCCCAAACUCACGCGCAACGUUGUGACUUUUCCCAAAAACCAAGCUACGGUGGUUUCUACCACGCCUCUGCAGGCUGAAAUCGACGCUGCCAACUCUCCCGCCGCCAGGACUACCAAUCCUUUUUUACUGUGGCAGAUUUACGCAUUAGGAGCGAUCGCGAUUUCAACAUGGAUGUGGGCGAGGUGGAAUGAGAGGAAGGGACGAGGAGGGUCUCCCAAUGAUGAGAAAAGGCAUUCUGAUGAUGGUAAUCACUGAGCUUCGGGCAAUCAACACAAAUUCACAUUUUUAUAUUACGUUUCUUUCUUUCAUUACUUGCUGAAGUAUAUAUUUUCUUUUAUUUCAAAUAAUUGCAUCGAUUCUAGUUCUCAAAAUGCUAAUGGUUUCUGUAA